CACCCAAUCCCCGUUUCUCCUCUCUCCUCCUCUCCAAUGGUGGCGCGCCGCUCUCCCCGGCAUGGAGACGGACCGGAGACCGCACGCAGGCGGGCUUCCGUGCGGCGGCGCCGUCGGGUGCGCACGGCGCCCUUGGCCGCCGCGACCUGCUCGCGCCUCCCCGACGCCGGCGGCCUCCCUGCGCAUCCUCCUGCUGGAGGCGAGCUGCAGGAGAGCAGACAGGGCCGGACGGGACGGCUGCCGUGGCGGACAAGAGGAGGCACUGCAGGAGCAGGUUCCGGAGGAGGGCCCCGGCGGCGCCAGCGGAGUCCUCGCCCGUGGCUUCCUUUCAUCUCCCCGUGGCGGUUGGUGGUGCAGAGAAAGGCAACGAGCCGCGGGAGCGCACCACUCCCCAAUCGCAGGCCAUCCUCCUCUCCCCAAUCCCGUGCCUCCCGUCCUCCCCCAAUCCCCGCCUCCUCCUCUCUCCCGCCCCUCGACUCCGCCAGCCACCGAGUCGUCGCCGCUGCCGAGUUUUCGCGCCGCCAGCGGACAGCGCCCCCGAGCAGCCGCCGUCGCGCCUCAGCAACUCUUGCCUUGCAUCAGGAGGAGCUGGGCCGAGGAACUCGGCCGCUCCAUGCGCUCGAGGGCGCCGCUGCGAAGAGCGCCAGGAGGCGCCGGCCGUCGCCAGUCGCGUUCGACGACACCGUCGCAGGUACGACCACCUCUGACCGAGGGUGGCAGGAGCCGGUGGCGAUUCAGGGUCAAGCGACAUGGGCAUCACCGAGAUUCGUCCAGGACAUAGAAAGCCCUGAUGGGAGGUCCCUUUCUAGCACUGCAGCAUCUUCCACGCUUGGCGACGCAGGAGGUUUGAAGGGCAAGCAUAGCUGGAAGCAAAAGUCCAUUGUUACAGUUGCAUUGACAUUACUAACAAGUUCCCAGGCAAUACUGAUUGUGUGGUCAAAAAGAGCUGGAAAGUAUGAGUAUAGUGUCACAACAGCAAAUUAGUAAUACUAGAUGAGUGGCGUAUACUAGAUUGUUGCAGUAGGUUCAAACUCGAUGAGGUUCUACAGCGCUGAUAUCAACCUCACAAGAGCCAUUCGCCGCCUCUCUUCCCCUGCAGUUUACUGCUGUUGCUUCGCCAGAAACGCCGAAGAAGAGAAUAGCCGCUGCAUCUUUGAGACCCUCACCCAUAGUCGCAGUCCCAUGUUUGCCG